UGCCAAGAGAGAAAAAAAGGGAUAUAAGCACCCUUGGCCACGCUGGGGAAGCUCAGUUUCCGGCGAAAAUUCCUGCAAUGAGUGUGAUGUGCCUGCAAGUUUAAGUCAUCUGAAAUGACCCAUCUCCAUUAAAAGGGUUCGAAGAUCUCCGUCUCUUCUUGAAAACAGUUUCUGUGUUCUUCUCCUUUCGAUUUCGUUGAGAAACCCUUCAAGUUUCUUCCUUUUUUGUUCCAUUUUCAGAGGAGCCCUUCGAGCAGGGGAGAUGACUUCGGAGUUGAUAUUCAGAGGGCACGAGAGCCAACCUAAGGUAGAUAUGUACUCUCCGAAACCUCCGAAGCCAUGGCUGUCUGUGACUCGUCCAAUUAGGUACAUGCUUCGGGAGCAGCGACUCGUCUUCGUCAUCGUGGGCAUCGCCAUCGCAACCAUCUUCUUCAUGCUGCUACCCUCUUCCUCAUCCUCUUCUUCCUUUCCAUCGCAAUACGGCCACAAGUAUGAGACGAUCCCUGAGGUUUAUUUCCCCACGGGAUCGGGAUCGAAUGGGUUGUCUCACAGAGUGGCGUAUGAGCAAAGAGGGGUUUUCGGACAGGUGAAUUCGGGAGGGAAAGUGCCUCUAGGGUUGAAGAGGAAAGGGCUGAGGAUCGUUGUCACUGGUGGAGCUGGGUUCGUGGGGAGUCACCUGGUGGAUCGUUUGAUGAAUCGAGGGGACAGCGUAAUCGUGGUGGACAAUUUCUUUACAGGGAGGAAGGAGAACGUAAUGCAUCACUUUGGGAACCCGAGGUUCGAGUUGAUGCGCCAUGAUGUGGUGGAGCCGCUGCUGUUGGAGGUUGAUCAGAUCUAUCAUCUGGCUUGCCCUGCCUCACCUGUACAUUACAAGUUCAAUCCAGUCAAGACCAUCAAGACCAAUGUGGUGGGUACCCUCAACAUGCUUGGGCUGGCUAAGAGGGUUGGUGCUCGAUUCCUGCUCACCAGCACCAGUGAGGUGUAUGGUGAUCCCCUUCAGCAUCCCCAGGUCGAGACUUACUGGGGAAACGUCAAUCCCAUCGGGGUCCGGAGCUGUUACGAUGAAGGGAAAAGGACAGCAGAGACAUUGGCGAUGGAUUACCACAGGGGGGCUGGGGUUACAGUUAGGAUUGCUCGAAUCUUCAACACUUACGGUCCUCGUAUGUGCAUCGAUGAUGGCCGUGUGGUCAGUAAUUUUGUUGCUCAGGCACUGAGGAAGGAGCCUAUGACUGUAUACGGUGACGGGAAACAAACCAGGAGUUUCCAAUACGUGUCCGAUCUGGUGGAGGGCUUGAUGCGGCUAAUGGAAGGGGAACAUGUUGGUCCCUUCAAUCUUGGGAACCCAGGGGAGUUCACAAUGCUGGAGCUUGCUCAGGUUGUGCAGGAGACCAUAGACCCAAAUGCCAAGAUUGAGUUCAGGCCCAACACAGAGGACGACCCACAUAAGAGGAAGCCUGAUAUCUCCAAGGCUAAGGAGCUUUUGGGCUGGGAGCCUAGCAUCUCUCUCCGCAAGGGUCUCCCCCUUAUGGUCUCCGACUUCCGUCAGCGCAUCUUCGGCGACCACAAGGAGGGCACCGACACAGCGGCGUGAUCAUCUUCAUUGGCGACACCACCACAUUGCUCUAAACAUAAUAUAUAUGGAGAGAGAGAGAGAGAUUGAGUUCAGUUGGAAAAAUGAUCUCUAUUAAAGCAGCAGUGGUAGUAGUAAUAGUAGUAGUAGCAACAGCUUAAAGCCUUUAUUACUCCCUUGAAUCUUCUACUACCCUUUGUCCUAAUAAUUUUUAUUUUAUUUUUUUGGUGGGUUUCAUUUAUUUUCUCUUUGUUUUUGUUUAUCAUUUUGUAAUUUGUAAUUUUUUUUCAGAAUUUUUUAAAUAUCAUCAUUAUAGGUGGCACCGUGCCACUGUGGCAUUCUUCCAAAUGCUAAUUGGCAUAA